AUGGCGCUGACUACUCCUAACCCAGUGGGACCAUGGAAGAUCACAGUCUACGACCAGGAGAACUUCCAGGGAAAGCGUAUGGAGUUCACUGCUUCCUGCCAGAACAUCAUGGAGUGUGGCGCGGACAACAUUCGCUCACUGAAGGUCGAGUGUGGAGCCUGGGUUGGGUACGAGCACUCCAGCUUCUCUGGGCAGCAGUUUGUGUUGGAGCGUGGAGAGUACCCUCGCUGGGAGUCCUGGAGUGGCAGCAACGCCUACCACAUUGAGAGGUUGAUAUCCUUCCGCCCAGUCUGCUCUGCCAACCAUAAGGAAUCCAAGAUUGUGGUGUUUGAAAGGGAGAACUUCAUUGGCAAGCAGUGGGAGAUGAACGAUGACUACCCCUCCCUGCAGGCCAUGGGCUGGGGCAACAAUGAGAUCGGAUCCAUGCAGGUCCAGAGUGGAGCCUGGGUAUGCUACCAGUUCCCUGGUUACCGUGGCUACCAGUACAUCAUGGAGUGCGACCGUCAUGGCGGAGAGUACAAACACUACAGGGAGUGGGGCUCCCACGCUCAGACCUUCCAGGUCCAGUCUCUGCGUCGCAUCCAGCAGUGA